AGCCGUUUCGCCCCGUGUCCUCCGCCCCCGCGCCGCGCACCUGCCGGGAGCCGCCCCGCCGGCCAUGGCCUUCCUGCGGCGUUGCCACCCUGCGUUGGCCCUGCUGCUGGCCAGCUCCGCCCGUGCGGAUUGGGUGCAGACGACGGUGGCGGACCAGGCCGCAGCGGAUAAGUUGCUGUCGCUGCUGCUGCUGCAGUUCGACGAGAAGGAUCUCCAGAUACACACCGCAGACGUGCAGUCGUUCUACCGGCGCGACGGCGCGGUCGUCGAGGAAAGAGAGGUGAGGUUCACGGUGGACUCCGCACUGAACGUCGACAGGCUCCGCACUGCCGUCGAGGGGGUCCAUCCGCACCAGUCGCCGAUCAUAGUGUCGCACUCGACCGGGAACCUGAUCAAGGAGAAGGGGCGCGAUGGGCAAGUAUCUCCUGGGCGAGUAUUCUGUCAAGGUCGGAGCCGAGCAUAUAGGACCCAUGUCUAAGAUCUUGGUCGAGCAUAGUUAUGCGGCAUCGGUUUCGGUCGACCUCAAGGAGGACGAGGCCGGCGGCCACCGGGUGAGCUUCUACACGACCGGCGCGAGCAAGCCGCACAUGUUGCGAGAAUUUGCCCACACAUUCCAGUGGACCCCCAUUCACGGCAACAAGAUUGGUUUGGAAUACGUGGAUGCGAACGUCAAGGUUCGCAAGAGCGACGAGUUGUAGCUUCGUGAGAAGUCCUUCCCGCACCAUAUCCCUACCCAUCUUUUCAUCACCCUCCUUGCCCUGUUCCGCGCGAUGUCCCUUCCUUCCUGAUGCCCCCCCCCCC